AUGAAUAUCAUCGUUAUCAAGUUAAUUCUUUCGGCUGUUUUUUUCUUUUCGACUUUUUUUGUUUCAACUCUACCUAUUUACCUAUUUUCAUGGAUCAAAAAUCGUAACAAAUCGAGUUCUACUCGAGUACAAAUUUCAUCAUGCUCGCUCAAUACAUUAUUAACUUGCGUAACUUCAUUUGGUGGUGGCAUUUUUCUUGGUGCAUGUUUACUUGAUUUAUUACCUGAAGUUGUUCAUCAUAUUAAUACAACUAUCAAAAAUGAAUUUCAAUAUGAUAAUCAAAAUUUUAAACGUUAUCCGAUCGCUGAAUUUCUUAUUGGUUGUGGACUUUUUUUAGUUCUAUUUAUUGAACAAGUAAUUUUAUCGUGUCAAACAGUUUCUGUACAUUCCGUAGCACAUAUGAGUAAAAAGCCGACAAUAGUAUUGUCACCUGAAGAUGAUGAAACAUCGUUUGCAAAUGUAAACGAUCAAGAUCCAUUAGUGAUUAGAAAUUCGAGUAGUGAACAUCAAUUUGAGAUUAGUGAACAUAAAGAUAACUUGACGACAAAUAAAAAUCGAUUAAUAUUAACAAGAAAUUUUAUUUUAAUACUUUCUUUAAUUAUCCAUUCAAUAUUCGAAGGUAUGGCACUUGGUUCCAAUAAUGAAUAUAAAUCAUUUUUUGAAUUAUUUUUUGCUAUUAUCCUUCAUAAAUCGAUUAUUGCAUUUAGCGUUGGAUUAAAGUUAAUGAAUAUAACAAAUAAGCGUUUAGCUUAUUUGUCAUGCUUUUUAAUUUCAAUUGCAACACCCAUUGGAAUUUUAUUUAUAAUUAGUAUGCAAGAGUUAUUACCUACAAAUCGUGCUACAAAAAUCUUUCAUGAAAUUUUACGUGCUUUUGCAUGUGGAACUUUCUUUUAUAUCACAUUUUUUGAUGUUUUACCAAAUGAAUUAAACAUGUCUACACAUCAUCGACAUUCUUCAUCAAAUAAUGCAAAUCGUUGUCGUCUUGCGAAAGUUUUCUGUAUACUUCUUGGCUUUAGCUUUAUUGGAUUACUAUCGUUUUUAAUGAAAUAA